AUGGUAGCGCGCCGGGGGGGAUCCCCGUUCGGGAGGUGCUGCUGGGGGAUCUGGGUGCUUUUGUGCCGGACGGUGCUGGCCAGCUCGCUGGUGCUCGAGCCCAUCUACUGGAACUCCUCCAACUCCAAGUAAGUGCGCGGGGAGCCCGGAUCUCUCCCCGGACCGGGGUUUGGGGACGGGGAGCGGUGCGCAAGGACAGGCAGGUGGGUGGGCACGUCUGGCAUCCCUCGCGCGCCCAAGGCCCUUUCGCCAGGCCGCAGGAUCUGGUCUGGGUGCGCUUGGGGAUCGGUUCUGCUCUCGGAGCAAAUGGAGGAAAAGUCUUGGCCCUUCUAGGUGGCCCGAUCCUGCAUCUUCUACAGGGCGCACAGUGCGGAGCUCCGGGACUUGGUUAGCGGGUGGCGAGGCUCUCUCUCCCUGGUACCCGUGCGUGCGUAAAGGAGGAAGGUUCAGCUCUUUUUGCUACGUGCGCGCGCGCACAUCACCGAUCCUAAACGCACCGGAUUCCCCCGAUCCACAAGCGAAGGUUGGAGCCUGAGCCUGCCCUCUGGGUCCUACGCUCGGGUUUUUCGUGCGAAUGAAUGGAGCGCAGCGGAAGACACUUGUGUGUUUAUUCUGCCGCUGGUUUUGCAGGAAGGAAAGCUAACCAGAAAACAACCCCGUUGGACCCAGUUGUGUGGCGCCCAGGAAGCUGGCAGAAGUUUAGACAGUUUUGACAAUGGGUCUACUUGAGGGCAGUGCUGCAGUGGUGUGGAGUGAGGAGCCAGCAUGAGAAAGUAGGGAAUGGUGCCAGAAUAAACCAGCUGUUCCCUCUCCACUGCUACAUAAACUCCCAGUUAGCUUGACCAUUAGGUGAAGUGAAGUCUUAGAUCCUUGGGAACAGGGCUGAUGAGUCAUGAUGAGCCCAGCUUUUUCACUUCUGGCCUUCCAUUACUAAACCAUGCAGAACAAAGAUUAUGGAGGUGGCCCCAGCAGGGUCAGAGCAUGUCUCUACGCAUAACUGUUGGAGUGGAUUGAGAUCGUUUCUCCAGAAAACCAUUGAUGCAGUAAGGCAAAAGGUGGGAGUUUGAGCGGAGUUUCCACUUUGAUUCCAGUGGAUUUAAGAUCGUAUCUCUAUGUGCCACCUAUCAAAACCUCUGGGUAAAAAGACUAGGAGAAGGCACGGCCUGUUUGUAGUUCAGGAGCAUGUGAAUCCAUGAAAUGCAUGCAGCGGUGGACGGCAAAUAGUGAACUUUAGGUAUACUUGGAAUAAAGUGAGGCUUCUGGGAAGAGAGAUUUCUCUUGCUUUGGAAGAUGUUUUACUAUAGAUAAAGCUGACUAUUCAAAGCCUCUAUAGGGUCAGGUUUCUUCAUUAGUGUGUGUGUGUGUGUGUGUGUGUGUGUGAAAGAUGUACAAGUGAAAGUCUGGCCGGUGUCCUCAUCGGGAGAAUUAAUUUUCGAGAAGACGUGAUAACGGUGCCUUGUUUAAUGAUGUCUUAGGAAGUAGUUUAUUCAAAAUGAGCAGAGCACAACAUGCCUAUAAAACCUGAGCAAGCUUGCUGGAUGUGAACAGAAGACAGGCUCUCCUAUAAAACACGGUCAAACGGCUGUUAAAAUACCUUUAAAUGAGCAACGCAUUGAGGAAAUGGUCCGGUUCACAAGUGUGAAAUAGCUCGUCAGUUGGGCGCCUGUGUGUGUUGCUUGCAGGCUCUGUGUGAAAUGACGCAAGUUUGGAUUUAGACCUAGAAAGCCAAAGGAGUUUAUUCGGGAAAUCACAUUCUGACUCCAUUUUUCUUCUGCUCCCUUUUAGAUUUCCCUUCCUGUCCUUUUCCAAGGAAAGGAAGAUUUACGAGCAGGCUUCUGGACCUUGAUAACAUGCAGGGUUUUGGUUUUUUUUUAAUGUGGAAAACCAAAGAGGGGCCAUUUGUUUUCAUUAUAAUGCAGGAGCCUUGGUCCAUCUUUAGCGGGAUCUCGUGCGUGUUCAGCCCAGCGGUGCUUUCUUCCCUUCCCUAGGCAGACAUACAAAGAAAUUGCUUCUCUUUCUCUCCCUCCUUCGCUCUCUGUCUGUGUGUGCAGAAAACGGUCCUUACUUGCAGUUGACACUAUGGAUUUGAGCUUGUUGUUCCAGUUCUCUCUCAAACCUGGAAAAUGUCAGAUAGGACAUUUGUGUUUAAACAAGGAAGGUGCCUGUUCUUAAGGGGAAGAUGCAUUUCUUGAAAUUAUUGUGUGUGUGUGUGUAUUUGUUGGGAGUGGGAAAACCCACAUAGCUGAUAGCAUUAAGUUUAGCCUUAGAGGAGAAUGGCAUAUUCUCCCGCCUGCUGCUGCAGUCUAGUGAUCGCUUUAUUCCUACAGAGGUCACUCUUCCAAUAUAUAUCGGCAUUCCGCUGUGCUGUGGUCAUUAUUCUUCUGGCUGCUUCCAGGCCUAACCUGCCUUCAGGGCUCACCCCCCUUUUUACAGAAAGCUUUCCUUUUCAGUCUCAAAUGGCCUGAGUCGCUAUUUACAGUACAUGGCCUCGCCCUCAAAGCAGUAAUUCUAUCUAACAUCUUCCCCUUGUUGCGUAAACUCAUAAAAGGCCGAACGUUUAUCAAGACUACAGUUGAAUUACUUGUGCUUUUAUUCCCAACUUAAAAUGUAGUACUUGUUUGUCCACUGAUGUGAUUUUAAAUUUUGUUUACCCAAAUAGAUUAGUCUUACUCAGCGCACUGGCAGAAGCAUGCUAGAAGUGACCUGAGGUUUGUGCUCUCUCGCUCUCUCUUUAAAAAUGGCUGUGGCCUGUGAUUUUUAUAGGCCUUGCGGAGGCCUGCACUUAAGGAAAAUUUUCAAAUGCAGUACAUUAUUCGUAUUGCUGUAAGUGGUGGCAGGAUCUUCACUUUUCAGAGAGCGUAUUUCAGUUUAGAAUGCAUCACUGUUGUCUGCCUGUAGAAGAAUAGCUAAUGUUUCCUUAUUAAAUAGGAAAUAAAAUGCAGUUGUCUUCUGGAGAGCUUCCCUCCCACCUCAGUAACUUCUCAGGAGGAUGUUAAGGCCAAUUCCAAAGAUAACUGCCCCGGAAUUAAGUGUUUAAUUCAUUUAAUGAAGUUAAAUACGAACCGUUUACAAUUCCUAUAUCUAUUAUACAGGGAAGCAAUAAAAGAAAGAAUUUUAGCCAGGCUCAUAGUGGAUAUGUGAUAAGACUGUAGAAGAAAGUAAUCCAAAUUCCUUCAUGGCCUCCUAAACUGCGAUUGCUCUGUGAGUUGCUUUAGUGACCAGAAUUUUUAGCAGGUGGUGAGGAAGGGACGACAAGAAGACACCCAGAUUGUAUUUUCAAUUGUAUUCUGCUGUAACCUAAUAGCUCCUUCAUUUAAAUAUUCCAUGUUUUUGUGAGUGAAGGAUACAUUGCCUAUAUUGCUUUGCCUAAAAGGUGUGAGCAUAUAGGUAGGAGGAAAGGAAUAUUUUGCUUGGAUGCCACUUUUGAUGUUGUAAGGCUUCAGACAAUGAGGAACCCAGAUUCUAGGAAAACAUAGCAAAAUAAGACUUUUAGUUCACUACAGGGACACUUCUCAACAUAGAAUAUUUCCCUUCUUCCACUCUCAUUUCCUCAGUGGAGCUAACAUGACCACAACUUCCCAACUUAAUAGUACAAACCACAAACUGCAGUUUAUUCAGUACCUUUUAGUUUGAAGUGGAUGGAGCUUUCCUUAUCAAUAACAUUGGCUAAAUUGACGUUGCCUUACCCUUUAAAUGGAGUAGUUCUGUCAGCUAAUCAUUUUUCUUUAUCCGCCAACCCUGGGACUAUUUUCCUUAGCAAGAUGUAAUUUGACCAAGGGAAGGCAAACAAAUAGCUAAAUAAUAUCUCUGAUAACCUAUUACACGUAAAAAUCCGCCACAGUUAGCCUGAGUAAACACUAACCUGUCAAGGACUGAUAAAACGGCCUACAAUUGAUGGCCCAAUUUAAGCCAUCUUUUCAGUGGCAAAAACCAGCCUGCUUCUCAUUGUUUGUUUGUGAAAUUCUUAUUUUUUUUUUUGUAGGCAAACAAAUGCACAUUCACUGCUGACUGAAUAGCCCCUUGAACUGUGCUCUGCAAUUUGUGUUUGGGUUAAUCUUGUCGGUUUUAAUAUAGAGAAGUGGGGGGCGGGGAGGGGACAAAGUGCCAAGGAUAGAGUGAAUUGUUAGUGCUUCCACAUCCCCAUUCCUUGCAUUUUGUCAGGAUGAUAAACUGUAAGUAAUGGACAGUCUUGCUUCACAAGAAAACUCGGCCUACUGGAGCAGAAAGAGCUUGCUGAAAUGCUAUCUUGCAGCGCGUUUGGAAGCACUCCUACUUGACAAGGAUUUAUUUGGGAAUCCUGGAGCUUUGCUUCUUAAUCCUAACCAUUAUAGAGUUACAUUGGAGAAACGCAAUAUAUUAUAUAUGAAGAUGCUUGGAGCUGGCUCGCACACUGGAUUAUGUAUCAAAUGGUUGGGUACUUCCUUCUGAGCUAGCAAAUCUGAAAAUGGAACACUUGCACGCCUCUUCUUUGAUAGGACAGGCAAGUAGCAUACCCCAAAACCUUUCAGGUAUUUUUUGCAUUAACUAGGCUGCCAAAGCUCAUAAAAAAUUGCCUGGCAGCGGCCUAGUACUUCCAGCGCUGAGCGAGCCAAGACUGUUCCUUUUAACAGCUAUUUCUGGUUUGCUUUGUACCAGUCAAGCUGAACUUACCAAACCAAAACACUUUGCUUUUUCAGAUUUCAUCUAAAACAUAGGUUUGGAUCCCAGGCCUGCCACGCAUAGGGUAGACCCACUGAAAUCAAUGGCAAUGAAGUUAGCCAUGCCUUCAAAGGAUCUAUUCUAAACAUGGCUAUCUCUGUAUCCAAGCCACGAUUUAGCCACUUACUGCGCAAAGGCAAAGUCCCAGGCAGCACAAAACUUAUUUUAUUUACUAUGCUUGUAAUCCUGUGUAUUUCCUUCAAGGAGCUCCUUCCAACUCUAUGAUUCUCACUCUAAGCUCAAGUCAGUGUGCAUGGUUCUCGCCCACCAUCUUAUCUUCACAACAACCCUUUGAGGUUAGGCUGAGAGGUCUGGGACAGACAAAGAUCACCACUGAGCUUUGUAGCUUGAGUGUGGAUUUUAACAUGGGUCUUCCAGGUGCUGUUCUGAGAACCCUUACCACUAUGCAGCUACACUACACUGGAUUUAGGUAUGUUUAAUCAAUUCAGUGUGGUUUACUCCCAGGUAAAAUGUCUAUAGGAUUGCAGCCUUCAAAUGCUGUAUGUUCCUUACAAGGUUUGCAAGACGUUAGCAUCUUACAUUUGGUGACUCUCUUAAACAUCUGCGUGAAACUUAGAAAAUUUAUUGACUGUCGUUUUUCGACGGUCAGUUAGAACACACGAUCGGUCGCAAUCAAAAUUGCUGUAAUUACAGCAAUCAUCUCAAAGCCUCUUAUCUGUAUGCCUUCUAAAGUGAAGUUGCAUGCACAUGCUUCUUACCUGGGAGAAAGUCCAAUUAAACUCAGUGCGCCUAUUUUUGAUUAGACAUGUCUAGGAUCACAUUGCCAGUUCAGUAAAGGUAAAUUGCUAUCGUAUAAACUUGAAAGUGAAAUCAUAAUAGGAAAAGGCGCUCCCCACCCUUUGUCCUAUUUUAAGGGCCACAGAACAACUUUCUGCUCAGGAAACAGUUCUUGAAUAGGAAAUUGGUAGAAAGUUUACCUCAGGAUAAGUCUCUGUGAGAUGUUGCACCUUUAGGAAGUCUGUUAGAGAUGCUACAAUUAUGUGGGUUUUUGUGGUAGAUGGGUACAGAUCUAGUCUUAAACAAGCUUGGCUACUUACAACUUUACUGGUGCAAGCAAAAGACAUGAUAUUCUGGGAAAGAAAAGUGUUCAGAACUCCAUUUCCCCCCCAAUUCAUUUAUGGCCUUUAUGUAAACUUGCCAUUAGCAUGAUGUGAGGAAGGCUUGAGUGGUUAAACAGUUUGAUUAAAGCAUGGGGACUUAAUAACUUUAAAUGCCGUGCUUGGAACUUAAAAUGUUUUCAUAUUUUCAAGUUAUAGAUUCCUCUCCCCCCCCCCAAUUUGUAUCUGGCAAAUGUAAAGUAGACUGCGGGGGGGGGGGGCGGUGUGAUGGCCCAAGACAGUGUAAGAACUGCUUGGAAAGAGAAUUCCCGUGGCUCCAUUGUUUCUCUGCAAAGCUGGUGCACACAAAGACAUAACGCUAUUCAUCCCUUCACCCAUGAUGGAAAAUGUAAACCGUUGACACGGUCCCUCUUGUUUAACUUGUUUAAUUCUCAUUUUAAAUUCAGUAGUAUAGCGGCCGUGUGAACUCUGGAGAUUUCUUUGGUAAUCCAUUUUGUAGUUCCGAAUCAAAAACAAAGUGAAAAGGUCUGACACAAUUUGCUUUUAUUUUUAGGCAAAUCAACCCUGCUCCUAGUUAAUAAGGGGAUUACAACCCAGACUAGGCCUUUACAGAUGUAAUGUAAAUCAAGGGCAGGGUAUAAAGAAAGUGAUCCCCUUUGAUUGAAGUAUGGUAAAAAGGCAUAGAGAAACUAGCAGCGGUAAUCUGAUUGUAUGGCAAUAAAACCACCAUUUUCUGUCUUUCAGAUAAAAAUAAUGUGGUAAAUCCAUGCAGCUCAUAAGAUGUAAAGGCAGAUAAAGGGGGAUGCCAUGGCAACAUAUAGAUUAGCUUGAUGUUAGAAAUGACACGUCUAUGAAAGGAGAAACUAAGGGUCUUGCUUCGGGGCUGCAAGGUAUUAUGUGAGAAUUGCAAAAAAAACUUGGGGGCUGGGAUUAGGAAGUAUGAAAGGCCUACUUGUAGCCUGGCUGGUUGAAGCAGUAAAGAAAAGCUGCUCAGUUCUUGCUCAUUGGUAGCGUAUAAUAUGGUAAAGGUAGAUUUCAUUUACUGCCCUUUUUUAUUGCUCGAGAUUUGGGCUGAUUAAAACUUCGGAUCACUGCAAUUGUUCUGGCGUAGAAGUUUUUCCUUUUUAACUCCUGGCCCAGCGGCGACGGUCAUUCUGUAGGAUUAGCUGCACUUGGGAGUUUGUUUCCUUAAUCUAUUUGGGAUAUUCAGGCAGGGACAUGCUGGCAAGGAACAGAGAGCAGAGAGGAUAGGUGGCGUUGAGGUUAUCUGAAAAGAAAAGAGAGGAGGCUUUUGAUUCUAGCCAUCUUUCAGACAGGGCCCUUGCAGCUCACACACCGCAGGAGAAGCUAAAAUAAACAUUCCACAUUGUCCUUUCCCCUUGGCCAGAUGAUCCUUCUAGAGAUAUUUUUUUUUUAAAAAUGUUUCUUAUUUCGCAACCCCUGAGAAGAGAAAAGAAGUGGAGAAAUCCUUCUUUACAUUUUUCCAGACACCCCAAAUAAACUUGCAAGCGCUUAAUCCAGGUGGCAUUUAUUUCUGAAGGGCUGAAGCCUGAAGCUCGAAUUCCACGGUGGACCUACUUCACUUUGGAAACAGUUGGAUCAAACUCUUUUGCAUUAAUUUCAAUGGAAUUAGGCCAGCAUAAAGGAAGUUUACCCCUGCUGACUGCCAUAUAUCCUUAGGGCUUGUAGUAGCUGUAAAAGUAAGAAAAGAAAUGGUCGCUGCUGCACGCAUUCUUCAGUACAUCUGCUUUUAACUGCCCUUUAUAAAAUAACUUAAGACUCCUGUCUUGCUAGAGCCCUCACAGUUAGUAAAAAGAAGCCAAAAGCUAGUCAACUAUUAUUACAUAAUGAGCCACCAUAUUACAGAUGAGAAGCUCCUUCUUUUAUCACUUGUCUGUGUGAUAGAAAAAGCCAAAUAAAUUGUAAGGCUACACAUAGAAAAACAAAAGGCAAUUGGUGUAAAGUAGAUCAUGGAGUAAGUCUGGCAAAAACCCACAUGUCAGCACUUCCUUGCUAGCUGUAAUAUGUUGUUACUGCGCUUUAGAGUUUUGGCAUGUUGAGAGAAAGCCAACUGAUUUCAACCCCCCUCCAAACCUGCAGCGUUUUUCUUUCCUUUUGCAGAACCUCUUCGAAACAUUCUUUUGACCCAUAACCGUUUUUCCAAACCCAAAAUUGACAUGCUGCUCAAAGUUAAUAUGGUUUAAUAAAUGCAUUGGUGAGGGUUGAGUGUAUUUGUGUAAUGUCUAAAGUCUCAUGCACAGCGAUGUUCUCCAGUGUCCCAGCUUAACCUUCAGAAAUCUAUAGCAAAAGAUCCAUUUCUGCUGCAGAUACUAUGCAAAGCUCAGGGGCAAUGCCCUCUACUUUACAGGCUGGUCACAUCCAAGCACCUUGCAUUCUGCAUUUGACAAUGAUUGCUAAUGGGCUAUUCAACUAAAGUAUUUGCUUGUUCACAGGGAACAGGGCAUGAUAAAUGUCCAGCAAGCUUGCGGCCUCCUUUAGCUUUUCAAAUGCAGACUGGUGCAUAUUUAUGGAAGGCAAAUCACAAAAGAAGCAGCUGAAUUACUCUGGCCUUACCCUUUCUGUUGGAACAAGGGUUAAAGUGAUUAAAGAAAUAAUGCAAGAACCAAUGUCAUUUGUUUGCUAACCAUUAUCCAACAUUUAGCUUUCGAACCUACCUGUCAUGUCACAUUUCAGAAACCUCACAGAUAAAACUGUGCACAUUUAAUAUUGCAUAGGAGAAGAGGAAAUUGUUUAUGAAGUGCUUCCUGAGCAGUAGCCGUCAAGCAGGCUUCUUUAUGUCAUCCCCUCUUGAAAGCAAGUGUGGAUUCAAAUCUUAACAUUGUACUUACCUGUAUACACGUCUUCCAAGUGCAGUACAUGAAAUUUUGCAGCUGGGAGAUAGUGCUUUCUGUUGCAAAGCAUAUUCACAACACACAAAGGAAGCCAUUAGCGCUUGAUCUGUUGCUGUAACUAAUUUUUCUCUUAAAAGCAGCAAAUUUUUGUGGCUCUCGUUUGUCCAUUCCCUUCUUUUAAAACAAACAAACCCAUAAAUUGAGACUGUUUUACAUUAAGGGCCCACAGAACAACUUCUGCACGCUGGACAUGCCAUCAUUUUAAUGAUACCGAAUUAUGUUACCAUUGCAUUCCUCUGAGGUCAGUGGAAAUCUGGGUCUAACUCAGUUUUGGAGACAGUAUGUUGUAGCAGUCAAUUUACCUUUUGCUUUGCAAUCCAAAUGUUUUGUCCGUUUCGGAAGGAAUGGUUUGACUCCAAUUAUAGAAAUAUUUAUAAAAUGUAAGUGUUUACACAUGUGUGUUGUGUGUUGUGUGAAAGGCCACAAUUCAGGCUUUUUGGAUUAUGGUUUUUCCCCCUGUAGUACAUGCCCCUCUGAACUAUUGAGUACCCGAGUCAUACAGCAGUCUAAUAAAUGCAUUUCCAUACUUGCGUUGAAAUUAAUGUGAAGCUUGGAUCCAAGUGACUCUGGUCAUGAUGAUGCUGAAAGUUUAAGGGUCUGCAGCAUGCGAUGGGUGAUGCAGUGAAGCAUUGCUAUGCUUAAAUGUACCCUCCAGCCCAUCCACCUUGGGUCUUCACUGCAUCAGAUGUUUAGACCCAGAUUGCACAGGUUGCUUUCGUCCAAUCUCUGAGAGCACUUUGGGUUAUCCAAUCCGUUAAAAGAAACAUUAUCAUUAACAUAUUGUUACAACAUUUUUCAAAAGACAUGCGUAAUUAAGUCCUCAAGUCAGCUCCCAUUAGAAUAAUUGGAAAUACAUUAGGAGUUGGGUUAAAAACAAAAAAGAGAAGAAAAGCUGGAUCAGCUCCUAAAAAGUUUACAGUAUUUAAGGAGUUGAAAUUCUGUUUCCUGCUGAUUCACAGCUGUUGCAAUUUACUUUACAGGAGUUAUAACAUAGCUAAUAUGUAGUACAAAGUAGCCAGUUUAACUAAAAAAAGAACUUGAGUGGAUUUGAUAAAUGGUGCAGUAUCCAUGUCCUGUAUAGCGUGUCUACACUAAGAUUACAGCAGAGGAAACAUUGCGAACAUUGCUGCAGAUUCUUCCUUUGCUUGCUUUCCGUAAAAGUUCAACACAACAUCUGGACAUCUUUGACCUGUAUCUAGUGAUAACAGUUAGAAGGUAGCAGGGUGAGUGGAGCAGUGAAAGUUUGUUUUUAUUUCUAGUCAAGUGUACUUUACAGUGUAACGUGUAAACAAAACAUACACGUAGCAGACUACUUAAUGCUAUUAUUAUUAUUAUUAUUAUUAUUAUUAUUAUUAUUUAUUAUUAUUUUAUUUAUAGCCCGCCCAUCUGGGAGGCUUCCAACAAAAUAUUAAAAUACAGUAGUGCAUCAAACAUUAAAAGCGUCCCUAAACAGGGCUGCCUUCAGAUGUCUUCUAAAAGUCUGGUAGUUUUUCUCUUUGACAUCUGGUGGGAAGGCUUUCCACAGGGUGGGCGUUCCACAGGGCCCUCUGCCUGGUUCCCUGUAACUUGGCUUUAACCUGGAAGCAGCAAAAUGCCAUAUUUUAAAGUUUGAAUAAGUUGCCUUCAUAUAGCUGCUUCUUGCCCAGAAUGAACUAUAUAAAGGCUGAUGGGUUUAUUUCUCCUCAUUGUGCCCAAAGAGUUUAAACAACGCUUGCGAAACUGCAGAGCUAUUAAAAGGAAUAGACAAGAAUAAACCCCAGAGUCACAUCCUCUAGGAUCUUCCAGCUAUCAGUGUCAGGUUUGUGCUGCAUUAUUAAUCCUUGGUUAAUAAAUCGCAUCGGACUGAUUACCCUUCUUCUGAAGCUGUGGCGGAAAGUUACGUAUAACAGCCAGCUUGACUUGUAUUAAAAGCUUGUGUGUGCCCUUUUAGAAUUAGAGAUGCUUCGGAACACACCAUUCUAUUCUGGAUAUAGAAACUCCUGCCAGUUGUGUGAGCGGAACAUCCAGAUGUGUCCAGAACGUUUUGUAUUCAGCAAAAUCCAAUGCCUCAAAUUGAGACUUAAGUCCAUCCUGGUAGUUGUCUACAGUAAUCCAAUAACAAAUUGGGAUGUACGUAUUCUUAUUUUUAUACAGCAUUAUUGAUGGGGUUAGCCAACGUGGUGCCCAUGAGGCCUUCAACUGGCACCUGCAUAGUGUCUUAGCACCGUCUCCACUAAUGAAAAGUGUGCAGUUAAAGGUGGAAGUUGGAAGAGUGAAGUUCUCUUCCACGUCUUUCUAGGCACAUUUUCAUCAUACCAGAUCAAGCUUUAACCCAGAUCUCAUGGGAAAGUAAAGCAUGUGUACAUGCAGUUUCUCUUUUUCUUUCUGUUGUUGUUGGUGGGGUGAUCUGGAGGUAUAAAGGUAAAGGGUAAAGGUACCCCUGACCAUUAGGUCCAGUCAUGGCCGACUCUGGGGUUGUGGUGCUCAUCUCGCUUUAUUGGCUGAGGGAGCCGGCGUACAGCUUCCGGGUCAUGUGGCCAGCAUGACUAAGUCGCUUCUGGCGAACCAGAGCAGUGCACGGAAACGCCGUUUACCUUCCCGCCGGAGCGGUACCUAUUUAUCUACUUGCACUUUGACGUGCUUUCGAACUGCUAGGUUGGCAGGUGCAGGGACCGAGCAACGGGAGCUCACCCUGUCGCAGGGAUUCGAACUGCCGACCUUCUGAUCGCCAAGUCCUAGGCUCUGUGGUUUAACCCACAGCGCCACCCGUUUCCGAUCUGGAGGUAUUCAGGGAGAGAAUUCACCAGAGGGGGUGUUUCCCACAGGACUCCAAUCAAAUUUUGCAAGGCAUGCUUAUACUGUAUAUUUAAAAGAUGUAUAUAUUUAAAACAUCUUUACCCCCUUUCGCCACUGCUUGAGGCAGCUUGAAUGGAGAACUGAUGUUACCGGGCAGCCUCUGUAUAACUAAAAUAAACAGCAUUGUGAAAUGUUGCAACAUAAGCAAGAAAAGUCAGUUCCCUACCUGUGGUGCUUCCCAUCUAAAUUUGGCACAGGGCUGGAGGGAAGGAAUAUUUUUUAGCCAGACAGGCCAGACUGUUGUCUUCCCAACCCUUCAUGGGCCAAGUUUGACAAGUGGGAGGAGCUGCCCACCCGUCAAAUCACCCAACAUUGCAAUAACAUCAGGCAGCGGUUUUUGCCCACAGGGGUCCUCAUAAGCUUGUUCAAAGCGCAGGGCAAGGUUGCACUUUGAGAGAAACUUCUGAAGGCUUCUUCAGAAGCCUCUCUCAAAGCACAACUCAUAUUGAUUAAAUUUUUUAUGUAUAUAUUUCAACAAUCCCAAAGUUUGAGUGUGAGGAGCGUAGAUGUAAAGGUGGAGUGUCAUGGUUAAGUUGGCUGUUCUGCUGAAGAGCGCUUAAAUUCUUUAUGCACAUUGUCUCUAGAAAAUGACAUUGCAAGGAAACUCUCAGAGGAUGAAACUGUAGGUGCGCAGCUUGCUAGAAAAACCAGAAAAAGAGUAUUUUUGCAAACGUGCUUCAUGUUAUAUGAGAUAAUUCAGUAGAGCAAGUUUAAUCAAGAUUGGAGAUGUAGUAGUUACAUUUAAAAAAAAUGUGGUGAUCUGUCGUGGAACAAUCCCACUGAACCGUGGUUACCCAGACCUUGACUCUGAUUGCGAAGGGGCCCCCGUAAAAAUUCAGGGCCCCCAAAAUGUAGGUCCACUACAGAAGUUAGGUAGGAGUGACUUAGCAAAAUGGCAUAAUGGGCCAAAUGGAGAGACUUGGUGGGCUGAAAGUUCCCCUAGCCCUGGUAUGGGGGAAUGCAUUGGGGGGUGGGAGAAUACUAUUGAGACAAUGGAUGUGCACAAAUGCGGUGAAUUAUGUACUUGGGCAUGGACGUUUCCUUUGGUGCAUAAUUCCAUGCUGACCAAAAUGUUUUGCGCAUGCUACCUUUGAUGAGUCUUAACCAUGCUGGGGCGAAGGCAGAAACCACCAAGAGCCCCCUCCCCAUUUCCUAUUGUGCAGAGUGAUUCUCUUCACCACAAGCCCACUGCUCUUACCAGAGGUCUCAGAGGCAGGAGAAAGGUCUCCUCUUGCUUCUGUAAAUUCCAACAUAGUGAAAUGUCCUUUGGUUUCAGGUUACUUCAUUUCACAGACAACUCUUGAGAGAAGGGUUGUUUUUUGUGUGUGGAUCCUUCAUGGCAUUGGAAGCGACUGAGUUUGUGAACCCUAGGAUGAGUUGUGUCCAUUUCUCGAUUACCCAGCCAUGCGCCUCGGGGUGCCAUGCCAUUUUGCCAGUUGGAAUUCUUGCUGCUCUAGCAGGGUAGUCGUUCUGCAGAGCGCCAGCUCACAAUGCCAGCAUAAUGUCACCAGCUGUGAUGUGCUGCUGCAGGAGCUAUUGGGCCUCGCCCUAAGCACACAUUUGGCAUGGAAAAGGGGAAGCAAACAAAUCGACUUCAUUUUGCAACAAGCUAGCACAGUUCACUCCUGAACAUCAAAACCUUCAUUAAAGCUUACCUGCUUUGGCAAGUGGGGUUCAAGGAGUCUGGGCAGUCCUGUAGUUAAAUCUGCACAUUGCUGUACUGCUGGCUCUCAUUGAGUGAGGUAUCUUCACUACAGGUCUACUUCGGCUGGUGCUUACCAUCUGUUUAACUGGUACCCAAGCAGCGGUUGAUUUGUAUGCCUCAGUGGGCAAAAUUGCCAUUUGGCAUUAGCAUCACCUUGACUCCUGCGAGGGGCUCUGCCGUCCUUUUGCGUCUUCUGUCCACACUCCAGUUGUUUUCUUCACAUUUAAUUAAUUUUCAGUUUUAUUUCAGGAGCAGUCUGGUUUAGUCAUUCUACAGAGCUUAACCUUUAUCUCUCCCCCCACCCUUUUUCUUUUCUCAAGGUAAUUCUAGAUUUUAUUAGUGAGCUGAGCAGGGAAAAAUCAUGUUGGCUGGCAAGGCAGCCAAGCUGUGUGAGAGAAGGGUUUUUGUUUUAGCAGCACAAUCCUAUGCACCAUCUACCUGGAAGUUAGUUCCAUUGAGUUCACACCAUGAGCAGCUCAUUGCAAGCAGCAACAGUCGCCUGAUUGUUGACACUUGUCAACUGCAUGGGCAAAGACAUGUCACCUGGUCAUAGCUGUCAACUUUUCCCUUUUCUUGUGAGGAAUCCUAUUUAGAAUAAGGGAAUUUCCCUUAAAGAAAAGGAAAACGUUGACAGCUAUGCACCUGGUGCCAUUAUUAUUAUUAUUAUUUAUUAAAUCUGUAUACAGUUGUAUCUCAGCUCCCGAAUGAUCGAAAACCGGAAGUGAGUGUUCCAGUUUUUGAACAUUCUUUCGGAACCCGAAAGUCUGGUGGGGCUUCCGCGGCUUCCAAUUUGGAAGUCGAAUGUUUUGGAAGUUGAACAGACUUCCGGAACGGAUUCUGUUCGACUUCUGAGGUAUGACUGUACAGCUCUUCCUCUGAAGAUCACUGGGCGGUUCACAAUACACAAUAUAAGCAUGUCCCAUUCUGCCCCCCCAAAGGGCCUGCGUAUCAUUUGGACCCACUUAAAAUGGUUGCCCCCUGUAUAAAAAUAUAAAAUGAGAACAUCAAAUGCAAUAACCCCCUUCCCACAAACACAUUUAAAAGGCCCUAGAAUGUUAAUCAGCCAAAGGCCUGGGUAUAGAGAAACAUCAUUGUGAUCUGAGGAGAUUGAAAUGUGGGUGACCCCAUGGGCAUAGCCAAUUAAAGCAAUAGAAAUACUUAACUAACUGACCAAUCAACUGUCCCCCUAACAAAAGUUCUGCCCCCCAUAGGAUUCUGGCUACACCCAUGGGUGACCCCACCUGCCUUUCAAACUUAGUCCACAGAGACCGGGUGGGUGGGUGGAAUAGGUUAGGCCUACUGGCCAAAUUCUGUUCCUUACACUGGCACACACCAUAGGCUUUUAUCAUCCAGAAGCAAAGCACCACACACCUGCGUCCAGAUGCACAACUCCCGUGCCUGAGUCACUGCCUAAUUUGCUUCACACCCUUGGGAGAGAUGGUUCCAGAUAAACACUUGGCAAGACAGGAGGAAUCAAAAAUAGGCUCAGCAGAAGGUUUUUCCGGUGGACCCAAUUCUGUUCUCCCUCACCCACACACAGGAAUUGUGACACAAAGCCAUUGUUUUCAUUAGCCCUGGCCUGUGUGUAAUAAUGAACUGGCUUUGUCCUUUUUGAGCCACCACAAUUGGACAUCACAAGGAUUCCAUAUUGGACAAGUCUUCAGUGAGAGCAUACGGCCUCAAAUGUUUUUGUUGUUCAUUUUUGGCUUCUAGCAGUCUACGGUGUUAAAUAUAUUCUGGGUGCAUCUGUGGGCGUGUUCUUGGUGUUUUUAGAUGUACACUUCUGCUGUUUUACAUGUACAGUGGUACCUCGGUUUAAAAACAGUCCGGUUAAGAACGAUUUGGUUUACAAACUCCGCAAAACCCGAAACAGUGUCUUGGUUUGAGAACUUUACCUCAGUCCAAGAAAGGAAUCUGAAUGGUGGAAGGGCACCAGCGGCGGGAGGCCUCGUUAGGGAAAGCGCACCUCGAUUUGAGAACAGUUUUGGUUUAAGAACGGACUUCCAGAACGGAUUAAGUUCCUAAACCGAGGUACCACUGUACACCUAAAAAUGUUAAAAAUGGUUUCUUGUCAAAGUACUUGGGAAGCCGCACAUGAAAAAGCAAAUGGAGGUUUGUGUUUUUCCUGUGUGUGAAGCACCAAUUUUGGGUCCCAGCGAACUAUGCAGCCCAAACUGUGAUGUGCUUGCUUGUAUAUGAGGUGUGUGCCGGUGCCUAACACAGCACCACAGGAUACAAGGUGUAUUGUGGUGAUGGUGUGUUCCAUGGUUGUAUAGAUGGCGGGCUAUAAUAAACACCAUGUUCUUUUAUUUGUUUUCGCCUUUAAAGACAACCUUUUUGUUCCAUCUUGCAAUUCUUUUCACAUUUCUUCUGCCAAAGUUGUAGUAAAUUCACUGACUAGGAAACUGGGUUAGAUCAAGAUUUCACAUGAAGGAUUUAGAUUUGGUUUUCUUUUGGCUCUUUCCUAACAAAUCUUCCCUACAGUGUUUUUUGGUGUGUGUUUUUUUAAAGUUGACGAUGGAUAAACAGUUUGAAUGGGAAUACUUUGACACAAAGAUGUUUGGGAACUCUACAUGUAAAUUCUAAAAUUUACGUGAAAUGGAUUUGAGGUUGAUUCAUUCACUUUAUAUAUGCACAUUCUCAAUUACCUCAGGAGAUCUGCAUGAUGAGUACCCUUCUCUGGGUAAAAAGAAGCUUGAUUUCUGUACUGGCUGAACCCUGCAAUUUUAAUUUUUUUGAGGCUUGUGACUGUGUGUAUCUUUUGGGCCUAGUAUUCACAAGUGUGGUAUUACAAGGCGACUGCAAUAAUCAGUUUGCAUAGGGGCAGGGGAAAGUAAGUUUUGGUGUGAAUUGGCCACAACUGCUGACACUGCCAUUGUUAGAAAUGACUGGUGCUACACAUCCCAGCUUGAAAACAAGUGUGCUUAAGGAAGCUUGUGGUUUCUUCAACUAGGCAAAAACCACAUGCUCUCUUUCUCUCAAGGAACAGCAAAACCAGUACCUCUUCUGACACAUAGUCAGUGCUUGAACAUUCCAGCCAAAGGACAAGGGAGUCCCCACCCUCUUUUGUUCUUGCUGUGUGACUCAGAACAAGACUGCACAGGUGCUGACAAAUUGUAAUUAAGAGGAAGGAGUCUCAAAACUUUUAAGGGUUGCCUCCUUACACUCUUACGUCUUGAAAAGGGGAUUUCUGAAUAAGGGACGCUGAGCUUCUGCUAGACUGCCACAGUCUUGUUGCAUUGUCUCUACCAGCUUGGGCUUGUGAUUUAUUGUGCCCUUUAAAAAGUGCACUCUGGCAGAUACCAGCUGGUCUCUCUGCAAGCUUGGAAAGAGCUGAGAUUCAGAACUUUUGAAAAGAGGUGCUUGCUAGGCUUACUCUCCACUCUCUCUUCUUACACACUUAAAUCUUUACAUCUUUGCAAGGAAAGGGCGUUUCCUGCUUCCCAGAUUGCAGAGCUCCCACAAGAAUUCUCUUGAGUCAAGAUAUAUAUAUCUUUGCAGCAAGCUAUGGUGCAGAGUAUUUUUAUUUUAUUUUAGGUACUGUUUUGGCAAAUUUGCUGCCAUAAUUUAGACAGAAUAGCCAUAAAACGAUCUGUGCAGUAUAUUUUGAAUAGUGUGCAUGCGCUUUGAUGCAGCAUCAAGCUCUAUAUUGUGGCUACAAUACAGAAUGUCAGUCUUUAUAUUGAAAGGGAGUCUGCUUUCAUUGCAGUGCAGGUUCGGUUGCACAGUGCUGUAGGCAGUGAAAUUUAAUAUUAUUGUGACUUGUUUAGUAAUUUUAGGAUGACAGAAGGAAAUGGAUUAAAGUUUAAAUAUAAAGGCACACAUGGCUUUUGUCAAAUGGAAUCUGAGGUUACUUACGGAGGGAGUGCCUUCUUUCCCAUUGUCAGUAUGAAUUAGUAGUUUUCAAAUAAUCAGCCGCUAGGCGGUAGAUUCAGUGUCUUGUCGUAGAAAAAAAGGAGGUUUACAGAGGCAUGGUCACACAUACAGACCUGACAGUGAAGUUACAGUUCAUAGCUGUUGAACUGGUUUGGUGCUGUAGGCUUUCAGAAUUUGGGUUUCUCAUUCAUUGUGCACUUGCAUUAAAAUAUUUUUUUUGUUCGUUUGCCACUAUAUAAAGACCUGGCUGGGGUGUGGGGGGAGAAAUAGCUAUAUGCAUUUAAUACUAUACCCUUCAGACUCUGCAAAUACAGCCUUGUGGCCUCCCAGAGCAUUGCCUCCUUGCUAUGUCUUUCUUUCUGUAACUAUAACAAACCAGUCCCGACUGUUUUGCCUUGGAAAUGUCCGAAAGUAGGUUUGCCUGAAAUAACAGGAAAGACCCCCAAGUGCGGAUGUGCCUAUACAAAGGCAGGUGAUUUCUGUUUAACCCCCUAGUCACUGACUUGUUCUGCAGCUGCUUGAAAUGAAUUGGCUCACCAUCCUUACGGUUUGCAUCUUUGGCAAUUACUAUAAUGCUUCAGAACACAGCGUUUGACAGCCUAUUCCUGUGUGAACCUACAGCUCUGUUGCCCUCUUGUUAUCUUGCUAGUAUUUAGAACAGUGCAUUCAUGCUCAAACCUGUUCUAAUGUUACAAGUGCAAAAGGGGGCAGUAAAGUGCUAUCCAGAAAAUGCUAUCUUUUUGAAGAGUGGGGAUCUGCUUUUUUUUAUUGCAGAUACUCAUUUUACUCUCUAUUUGUUAUCUCAGUUAUUCAUUGGUUAGUUAUUUUAGGGGACACUUUUCUGCAUUUAGUGGUUUUUAAGUGUAGUGGAUGUGUGUUUGCAAAAGACUUACCAAUUUUAACAAUAAAUGCAGUGGCGGGGAAUGGUACUUCAGCUCCUGUCUGAAGUUGCUUUGCCCUUUUAUUUUUUCCCCUCUUUUUGCAAACGGCCAGAACUCUUCUGUACACACACGUGUCUGACAAAGUGCUUUUGCAAAGAGCUUCAAUCAGUUAACAGUUUCUCUUAUGUGUGCUGUACUUCCAGCACUGUAUUCCUAUGGAAACUAUGUCCCCCCCUCCACAAAAGAGGGGAAGAACGUUGAGAGUUGGGGCUGACAUGAGAUGUGGAGAAGUAAAAUGUGGAGUGGUGUCAAGGAGUCAAGUGUUGGGCUCUUGGCCAGAGGUGCAUGCAUGAUUCAUCAAGAAGUGGUAGGAAUGAGCAUCUAAUUGCCCUCCAUUUACCAAUUACUUUUUCCAUCUGCUCAUUCUGUGGGGCCAGUUCAUCUCUAUAAGGACAUGCCCAUGAUUUUACUAAAGGUGUACAGUGGUACCUCGGGUUACAUACGCUUCAGGUUACAUACGCUUUGGGUUACAGACUCUGCUAACCCAGAAAUAGUACCUCGGGUUAAGAACUUUGCUUCAAGAUGAGAAUAGAAAUCGUGGCAGCGGGAGGCCCCAUUAGCUAAAGUGGUGCUUCAGGUUAAGAACAGUUUCAGGUUAAGAACAGACCUCCGGAACGAAUUAAGUACUUAACCCGAGGUACCACUGUACUAUGUAUGUAUAUGUAUACAUAUCUGUGCACGUAAGGGGGAAAAAAGUAUACUGUAUGCAUAUGUUGGUAUGAUUCCCUAUCCCCACCUGCAGAGCAGGCAAAUACAAUAUUAUAGUGUGAUGUUCAGCAGUGAAUUCUGGGGAAUGCAGCUUCCUGCUGUGUCGAUUGGUGGUUUUCUGAUGGUGGCAUGAGGCCACUGCAGUUGACAAGAUUCAUAUGGCUAAAAAAAAAAAAAAGUUACCAGGGUGAUAAUGCAAUUCUAAAAUAGAAUAUUCAUCAUAUCCAUAAAGCAUUUUUUUUUCAUUUAGUAGACCAAAAAAUAAAAAAGACACUGCUGCGCAUUAGCUUGUUCUUUGUGGGAGCUGAAAUUGAUUUAGCAAAUGGAACAAAGCUCUCUAGUGCGACAAGUACUUACAGCAUUCCAGUAAUUGCUCAGCAGAAUAUUGCAAAAAUAAUAAAUAAUAAAAUGAAAAUAGUUGUGAUGUUACUAUGUAAGGAGGUCAUUUGUAAAAGUACCAUUCAUAACUCAUCAUUUUCAGCUAAAACAGGCUGUCCCUGCCCCGCCCCCCAGUAAAUGAUGUGUGAACUACAUACCUCCCAAUUCACAUUUGUUUAAAUCUUAGAUACCCAACGUAAAACAGUCUUGGCUAUAUGAGAGUAGUGCAGGCGGGACAAGAUUCUGUAUAUAGUUUUUCAUUUGGGAAAAGCUCUCAGCAAAUGAUAGUGUUGCAGUGGGAAGAUCAUUAAGCGUGCUGUAUUGCUGCCAGUCUCUAGGUUCAAAUUCAUGUGUUAAAAGUAUUGCAUGAAGAUUUAGCCUCUCCUCAUGUUUUUACAAUAAAGUGGUACCUCAGGUUAAGUACUUAAUUCGUUCCGGAGGUCCGUACUUAACCUGAAACUGUUCUUAACCUGAAGCACCACUUUAGCUAAUGGGGCCUCCUUCUGCCGCCGCGCUGCUGGAGCACGAUUUCUGUUCUCAUCCUGAAGCAAAGUUCUUAACCUGAAGCACUAUUUCUGUGUUAGCGGAGUCUGUAACCUGAAGCGUAUGUAACCUGAGGCACCACUGUAAAUAUAUUGUCCUGCAAUGUGCAUUUAAAGAAAUGUUUUUCCUUUCUUACAUUUAGCAAGUAAACAAGAGGCGAUUUACUAAACACACUCUAUCAGUUGUAACCUCUUGGAUGUAAACUAUUAGGCCCAGUUCAUUUCAGUGUCUUGAUGUUGGAAGACCCUGCAUAGUGUAAGUUCGGUUGUCAAUAUCCGCCUAGCAAAAUGGGCUUAUGAAGACCCUUCAGCGCAAAGUACUGCUGCACAGAACUGUUGUGGGAGGACUAGGAGAGUGACAUUGUAAUAUUUUUCACAUAUGAUGAUAAAGGUAUCCUCGAGCUCUGCUGGUCUCGCUUGUAUACCCACACGAAUGUGUUCAUGUGGGAUCAAGAAGGCAUCUUGAAAUAGGAUGUGCAUUUGUAGCCAGUAUAAAUACUGCUCUGUAUUCUCAAGUGAAAACACACUUCUAGUCCCGUGUGUGAAAAUAUUCUCAGAGUGAAGUAGGCUGGUGAUUGAGGUUGGGCGGUAGUUUUGUAGCUGAUUCAGGGUAAAGGUAAAGGUAAAGGGACCCCUGACCAUUAGGUCCAGUCAUGACCGACUCUGGGGUUGCGGCGCUCAUCUCGCUUUAUUGGCCGAGGGAGCCGGCGUACAGCUUCCGGGUCAUGUGGCCAGCAUGACUAAGCCACUUCUGGCAAACCAGUGCAGCGCACGGAAAUGCCGUUUACCUUCCCGCCGGAGUGGUACCUAUUUAUCUACUUGAACUUUGACGUGCUUUUGAACUGCUAGGUUGGCAGGAGCAGGGACCGAGCAACGAGAGCUCACCCCAUUGCGGGGAUUCGAACCACCGACCUUCUGAUUGGCAAGUCCUAGGCUCUGUGGUUUAACCCACAGCGCCACCCGCGUCCCUGAUUCAGGGUACACCUGGCUUAUUGGGGGGUGUGGGGGCAGGCCCUGUGUGUGGCAACAAUGCAACAAAACAACACCGCCACAAACUGGCUUAUAAGUAUAAAAUCAAAUUUACUAGAAUAAUAACUAGAAUAGAGAUAGACUUGUAACCACUCAAGCAACAAACAUACUAAGGUGCUAUGUGCAAAACAAAGCCUGGAGAUACUGUAAACAUGGAGUGGAUAAAUGUACAACUGUAUCUUAACAAGUUACAUGUGCAAUAAAUGUUUAUUCUAGUUAUUAUUCUAGUAAAUUUGGUUUUGUACUUAUAAGCCAGUUUGUGGUGGUGUUGUUUCAUUGCAUUAUUAUUACUGUCGCCGCAUUUGAUGCUUUGUGUAUAUACUGUGUGUGGCAAAGCAGCCCAGGCCUUUGAAGGAGCCUGCUGAAUCGUUGUUAAUCUGGCUAGUUUUAUCUUUGUCUGUUUUAUUUUGUAUUAAUGCUUAUUUUCUAUUGAUUUUAAUGUAACCUGCUCUGGGAUUAGGGCUGGGCAAUAUAUCGUCCAAAACAGAUUUGAAGUCCAAAUCAUGAUAUUGUGUUUGUGUGUGUGUGUGUGUGUGUGUGUGUGUCUGUGUGUGUUAUGGAAAAAAGAAUCACAAUGCAGGAAAAACCGUGAAGCCAGGCAAUUCCUCUCCAUACCUCCAUCCUUAUUUCAGACAUUGUGACAUACCAGUGUAUCGUGAUGUUUAGCUGGUUAUAUAUCACAAUGUUGAAAACCAGAUAUCGCCCAGCCCUAUCUAUCUGGGAUUCCCUUGGCAAAGAAGUACAGUGGUACCUAGGGUUACAUACGCUUCAAGUUACAUUCAGGUUACAGACUCCGCUAACCCAGAAAUAGUGCUUCAGGUUAAGAACUUUACUUCAGGAUGAGAACAGAAAUUGUGCUCCAGCCACGUGGCAGCAGCAGGAGGCCCCAUUAGUUAAAGUGGUGCUUCAGGUUAAGAACAGUUUCAGAUUAAGAACGGACCCCCGGAACCAGUUAAGUACUUAACUUGAGGUACCACUGUAUUUCAUAAAAAUGCAUAAAGUUCAGUAACCAUGGGAACUAGAAAACACUGGGAGAGGCAGAGUACACCUAAACAGCUGGGGAUUUUUUUAAAAAAGUCAUUUGGGAAGAGAGAGAUUACAGAAGAGUUGAGGCAUGUACAGAUGCAGCAUCUGUAGUGUAUUGGAAGUCUUCAUACUCCUGUGGCAAAUGAUACACAUGGGUUGUUUCCUGCUAUUUCAUGUUUGUCAUAAUAUGUAUAUUACUUGGCAUCCUGACACAGUAGAGGAACAGCCUUCCCACACUCUUUUACCACACAGGUAAUACAGUGGUACCUCAGCUUAUAAACACUUCAGGUUACAGAUUCCGCUAACCCAGAAAUAGUACCUUGGGUUAAGAACUUUGCUUCAGGAUGAGAACAGAAAUCAUGCUCUGGCGGCGCGGCAGCAGCAGCAACAGGAGGAGGCCCCAUUAGCCAAAGUGGUGCUUCAGGUUAAGAACAGUUUCAGCUUAAGAACGGACCUCCAGAACGAAUUAAGUACUUAACCCGAGGUACCACUGUAUAGCAUAUGAAAUGGAUCCCACAUGGACUUCCUAUUUCAUACAUUAUGUCAUCUGUGUGACUGAGGUGCCCGGUGUUCUUCCACUAGAUGAAACUCCCAAGCAAUGGAUUUCCCCAUUAAAUAAUUUCUGGCAAACAGGUUUUUCAGGUUUUCAAACAUUUUCUUACACUAAAUACAGUGGUACCUCUGGUUAAGUACAGUGGUGCCUCGCAAGACGAAAUUAAUUCGUUCUGCGAGUUUUUUCGUCUUGCGAAUUUUUCGUCUUGCGAAGCACGGUUUCCCAAAGUCUUCAAAAUCACCAAAGUCUUCAAAAACCUCAAAAAAGGCUACCACACCGCGUGCUAUGAGUUGCUCCUUGAAGUCACCCUGGGUAUUAACGGUUUUAAGAAAAAGGAAACAAACUUGCAAGCCGUUUUCGUUUUAAGCCCAUAGGGAAAUUCGUCUUGCGAAGCAACUCAAAAAACGAAAAACUCUUUCGUCUUGCGAGGUACCACUGUACUUAAUUCGUUCCGGAGGUCCGUUUUUAACCUGAAACUAUUAUUAACCUGAAGCACCACUUUAGCUAAUGGGGCCCUUUACUGAAGCAAAGUUCUUAACCCGAGGUACUAUUUCUUGGUUAGCGGAGUCUGUAACCUGAAGCGUAUGUAACCCGAGGUACCACUGUACCUCUUCCCCUGAAGAACAGCUUUUGCACGUUUGAAAUGCAUUUGGAAUCGUGGACUGAAUAUAUUUUGUACACAUGCAUAGGAGCCUGUUGUCCUCUUUUCAUAUUCUAAGCAUCACUGCAUUUCAUUUAUAAUGAGGGAGCAUCUUAUGUUUGAAAUGUCACCAUUCAGACUCACAUUUGGGGAGUAAAAAACAACAACAAGGAGGCUUUUCUUUUUUUAAAAAAAGGAAUGAAAACAACUUGACAUCUGUUUCUGAAGCUUGUGUAUUUCAUGUUCAAAUCGCUUGCCCCAGUGCUUCAGUAUAGAAGCUGGCUACGCAUUGGCAAAGGGUGCAAUCAGUCUGUACCUCUUGGCUGCUGGAAUGGUUCCUAGCAGCCAUAUGCAGCUCCAUAUUUUCUAUUGCAGGAGCCACGAGAAGGGCAAAUAAGGCAGACAAAGGGAGAUUAAAACCAAUUUUGUUCAUCAGCUCCAUCUGGUUCUGUACGCCAGCCCUAAAAGUAAUAUGUUCUCUGUCUCCCUUUAUCUUGCAUCUAUGUACACGUGAUUAACAGCGCACCAUUUGCUUGUUUGUACCCUGUUCAAUUUCAACGGGGUUCUUGUUUGAAUGUAAAUCUGCAGUGAGAAUGAACAGUGAAACGGCUGGAGGUUUUGCAUUAGAGCUCUAGGUUUUGCAUUUUGAUUUUGGUGCUUUGCAUCGCAUACCUUUGCUCUGCAAGAUAACCCAACAGCUGCAGACAUAAUGAAACUGCCCUUACUGUGCAGCUUUCAGCUGAACUCUUUAGAGGACGUGGCCUUGCCAUCAUUGGUUUGGCACCAGGUGUGGGUUUGGGGAGACUUUUGCUCUUGUGUAUUAGUUACAGUUCUGUUUGAACCAAAGUUUUUUAAGUUAGCUAAAGCACUACCACCUCCUGCACGUUUUUCAAAGUGUCGUCAGGGAUUGUGGAUAUGUAAAAUCUCUAAAGACUGUAUGUCCCACACAGAUGGUGGCACAAGUACACCAGCAGCCUCUGCUUCAUGAAUGCAAAAUGUCACAGAAUACUUAAUGCCACAGUCCAUAAAUCAAUUAAGCCUUGCUUUAAGGUGAAUCAGAAGUUGUGGUCAUUCUAGUUAAGAUAGUAAAAUCAUUUAAAAUAUUUACUGAUGGCUUAUUGUAAAACGCUUACACUCUGCCUUUCCAAAACAGCUCAAGGCUACCUGAAAAGCAAGAGAGAGAAAAGGAAUACUAAAGAUAAGUGAAUGAAUGAGACAGAUCAAUUAAAAAUACAAUACAUUUGAGGUCUUGUGGGAGCAAAACUCAGAAAGAUACAUCCAUAAGACCUGAUGUAAAAGCCUGUCAACAAAAAAAUCACUAACAGCCAAGCCUUUCUACCUUCACAAAGUACCUAAACUUUGUGCCCUAUUAAAUUGGAGUUUACAUAUUUCUAAGCUUCCUCAUAAAUAUCUGGACAGCCUCUUUUUGCCUCUAUAAUCCUGUGCCUUGAUGUAGUUUUUGAAGUAAAAUGGCUGCAGAGCAAGUGACUUAAGGAAACAAUAAACACCCACACAUUUUUCUUCAUGUAUCUUUUAAAAAAUACAUUUACAAUAUGUUUAUUGACUAUCAGGCUGUGUUCUUUUUGAACGACUUUUUGAACGACUCCACCAUUCCAGAGGCAAUUGUAAGCCCCCUUACCUGAGAGCAAGCCCCUUUUGAUCUUUUAAGUUAAAGACGACAUAAAAAAGCCGGAAGGAGGAAGGAGGGAAGUCAGCUCGGGAGAGCAAGAACAAAUGUGAAACAUAGUGUAUGUGUAUGUAUAGUAUGUAACUAAAAAUUCAAUAAAGAUCAUCUGAAAAAUAAAAAGAGAGAGAGCAAGCCCCUUUUAACGUGGUGGGACUUAAUUCCAAGGAAGAAUGCACAGGAUUGCACAGACAGAUUGUUUUUGGGUGAAGAUGCAAAAAUAAAAUAAAACUGUGAUCUCUGCAACCUUUUAACAGUUUUUAGGCAAGCGGAGAUCCAUUUCUAGCUCACAAACUCACAAUUAAGAGUCUCUGAGCCAUCGUCACCAUCUUAUUGCAUGCACAUUUUUAUGUGCAUGCUAAGGCACAGUCCAAGUGUCCCUGUUUUCCAGGGACAGUCCCGGAUUUACAGAAGCCGUCCAGGAAUGUCCGGCUUUUCCUUAGGACAUACUUGCUUUCAUCAGAGAAAUGUUGGAGGGUACGCUAAGGCAGUCUUUCCCAACCUGGUGCCAUCCAUAUAUUGUAGGCCACAACUCCCAUUGGCGAGCAUGGGAGGGUCAGGGAAGGCUGGGGCAAGUUGUUGGUAGGCAUAUUUAAUCAAGUGCAAGAUGGCAGGAACCUCUGGUUUAAUUAUUAAGCUUUCAUAAUGGAGUAAGCACAAAUGUUUGUAUGCUUGUGUAUGUGAGGGAGAAAGAUUGCUCUGCGUUUUAAUGCUAGCUGCUGGAUAGGCCCAUUCAUUAGGAAGCCAUUCCUUUCAGUCUUCAGAGACAUUUUCUAUUAAGGAAGAUCUCUGCAGCAAUAUGGCUGACAGGAAAGAUUUAGGAAGAGGGAAAGGAGGCUUUCAGCUGUAGGUAUUAGGGGGAUAUUGUAUCCAUAGCUCUAAAGAGCAGCUUCCAGGCAUUAAUUGGAACACAUGCAUCCAGGCGUGGGGGUGGGGGAGAAAGAUUGCAGUGGCCUUUGUUGCUUACGAGAGCGUGUCUUCAUUUUGCGGUUGAAUCAAUAUUACAAGCAAUUAUUUUAAUUUUGAAACGUUUAUUUUGUUUAAGGCACCACAUUAAAAUGAAGACGGUUAUUUGACUGAUGAGUAGCCAACUCGAUAAGGAAUCUGAAAUAUUUCAGAUAACCAUCUGAUACCAGAUAGUGCACACUUUAAUGGUUUACGUAGACCUGCCCUAGUUUUAAGGGAAGGCAAAGCUUUCCUUUCCUUUUUUUUUUUAACGAAAGGAAUGAGGGAAGGAGAUGAGUUGGAAGCCUUCUAAAGGAUCAGCAAGCAGAGGGAGGUAUUGUGGACAAAAGGAGGUCAGAUGUGUAUCCAUUGCCUGGAAGCUGAAGCAACUGUUGGUUCACUGCCUGUCCAUAUGGUAGGCUAGGAAGGGGCCAGCCAAUGCCUCUGUUACAGUUGAAAUUGCUCUGUGUAACAUUUAAUUAUCUAGCACAUUUAUCACAUACCUUCCUUAAAUCAUGCAGCUCAUGAAUGGCUUCCCAGGCAGUCUCCCAUCCAGGCACUCACCAGAGCCAGACCUGCUUAGCUUCAGCAGCAGCAUCUGCCCUAGACAGUGCCUGUGAUAUCACUGAAAAGCAACAUAAACCCCACCUACACCAUUAUGAGGGUUACGUCGCAUUGGAGAAACGUAACUUUAACAAGCUUUCUAGGGUGAUUGCUUCCAUGAGCAAGGCUAACAUCAUGGAAUUGUAGAGGUGUAAGGGACUGCGAGGGUCCUCUAGCCCAAACCCCUGCAAUGCAAGGAAUCUCAACUAAACCACCCAACUUCUGCUUUAAAGCUUCUUUGAAGGAGAGUCCACUGUCUCUCCUGGGAGUCCGUUCCACUGUCCAACAGCUCUUGCUGUCAGGAAGUUCUUUCUGAUGUUUAGGUGGAAUCUCCUUUCUCAUAACUUGAAUCCAUUGGUUCGGGUCCUAGCCUCCAGUGCAGAAGAAAAGAAGCUUGCUCCAUCCUCCAUGUGAAUAUGGUUAUCAUGUCUCCCCUUUACCAGGUUAAACAUACCCAAUUCCCUCAACCGUUCCUCAUAAGACUUGGUUUCCAGGCCUUUGAUCAUCUUGGUCACCAUGCUCUGCACACGUUCCAGCUUGUCAACAUCCUUCUGGUGCCUAGAACUGGACACUAGACUCCAGGUGUGGUUUGAUCAAGGCAGAAUAGAGUGGGACUAUUACUUCCCUUGAACUGGAUACUAUGCUUCUGUUUUUGUUUUUGUUUUGCUUCUUUUUUUUGCCUCUGCUGCAUCGCACUGUUGACUCAUUCUAAACUUGUAGUGUACUAAGACCCCAGAUCUUUUUUACUUGUACUACUGGCAAUCCAGGUAACAGGAUGCUUAAUAUCCGCCAACUGAAGUUUCCCGCUUCAAAGAACAUUUCCUUCUCAUUUCAAAGGAUGUUUGCUUUUUACCUCUUUUAUUUUAAUUUAGGCUGUGAACCCAUCACUGUGUAGUCUGGUUCCAGCGGACUCCCACUGCUGGUCUUGAAGCCAUAUGCACAUAAUGUUAGCCACAAUCCAUAUCUACCCUGUGGUUUCUUCAGAAAUGCUACUGUUUGAUGCGUUUCCCCUCAAUGGACUUCCUUCCUAGUUGAAAACAUAAGGAGCAUUCACUUUGCAGCUAAGCUGAGGUGUGCACAUUUGGGACAGCCGUUGUGCGUGCACAGAUGACAAGAGCAGAUGACAGCGUCAUGAACAGAAGUUCAAGGGGGGGGUGUUGCAGGGCAGGGCCAACUAAUCAGGAAAUGUACACUGGGUGAAGACAUUCGUAGUGUGCACAGCAAUGUGCAAAUGCGACUUGAAAUGCAGCGGGGGGAAUUUAAGCCGCUAAGGAGUGCGUAGCCUUAAAAAGUGGGGUUUGUGUGCGAAAUAGAGGUCUUGUGGCCUGUGGCUCCUGUCCCAUUCAUUUCCUUUAGCAACUUAGAUGUGGGUUUUCCCCCAAGUUUUCAAGCUGUAUUUUGUUCCCUUUGCUGCCUCCUUUUCAAAAUAUGUUUCCAAGUGUCUUGACAUUUUCUCUCCCCCCCCUGAUUCUUUUUAGAUUCCAUCCUGGACAAGGACUGGUACUAUACCCAAAGAUCGGAGACAAACUGGAUAUUAUAUGCCCGAAGGUGGACUCUAAAACUAGUGGCCAGUAUGAAUACUAUAAGGUCUAUAUGGUUGAUAAAGACCAAGCAGAUAGUUGCACUAUUAAAAAGGACAACACACCUCUGCUCAACUGUGCCAAGCCUGAUCAAGAUGUUAAGUUUACCAUCAAGUUUCAAGAAUUCAGCCCUAACCUCUGGGGACUGGAAUUUCAGAGAAACAAAGAUUAUUACAUCAUAUGUAAGUGAACAAUGACUUUUGUUUCCUUUUCCUUCUGUCUUGCUGCUGCUUAAUUUAUUCAUUGUAUUCAAUCAAGUAAGAAGCUUAAAGGAUUUAUAUUGUUUUCUUUAAAGUAUUUUCAUGGCAGCUUAUUAUUAACCAACUCCCUGCUGCUUUAGAGCUUUUUUUAUUUAUUAAAGAAAAGGUUCCAGGUUUUCAUAGAUGUGAGCUGUGUAAUUGUGGUAGCGAUGCUCAUAAUGCAAUUUAUGGAAAACACGGGCAUCUUAAUCUGGUUCCAACCAAUGUAUAGAGGGGCAAGGCACCGCCAGAAACAGCAGUUCUGCAUUUACCCAAAGCCUUGAGUACACAUUAUGUACGUAUGUUAUUAUUUUUUAAUGUUACAGUAUCGCCCCUCUGAAAUAGGGUAUGUCAAUCACUGCGCAUUGAAUGGUGAACAGCAAUAAUUAAGUAUAAUAUGCUACAGUUUUGUAAAUCCUAAUUUUAAGCAAAUAGAAGAAGGGGGAAGUAGGAGAAAUAGCUCAAGAUGUGAAGUAAUCUUUCUGGGUGGGAAAAAAAAUAAGAAAUUCCUAAAACAUCACCUUGGUAGAUAAUUCACAAAUUGAUCAUUUACAUCAAAAAGUGGGUUUGGUUUCUAUUUGCAUAAUCUUAAGUGUUCCGUCUCUAAAGCUUCAGAGAAACUGGAGACUUACAGCCUUCUUUUUCUUUAUGCAUGCCUUGCCUUUCAGGAUAAGUCCUAUCAAGCUGGCUUACCUUUUCUUUUUAAAAAAGCGAAUAUUCAUUUAAGAUGCAGUUGGAAAUAGCUAAAAAUUGAAAUGUACACUUACUUGAAGGUUAAUUCAUUGAAAUCAGUAGGACAAUACCAGACAGGUGGGCACUGAAUUACAGCACCAAUGUGCUCUCAUUUCCCCACUCUAUUGUUUUGUUUGCAGGACCCAUAGUGAAAGUUAAACAAAGCUCCGAAUUAUGGCCUUAUCUUUGAGUGCAGUCUUAACAGUCCUUCUCUGUUGAUGUCUGUUAGGGUUAGAAUCAGUGCCGGAGUUACAUAUAAGCUAAACAAGCUAUAGCUUAGGGCCCCACUCUCUUGGGGGCCCCCCAAAAAAUUAAAGGAAAAAAAUAAGAUAAAAAACAAAUAAAAUAAAACCUGCAUACAGCAACAGUGUUUUGUAGGCUCCUAUGAUGUAAGCAAUGGAUCCCGCCUGCUAGCCUGCUCCCUAAGAUAUCACUGGUUUGCUCAUUUCUUCAUAUAGGAUGCCUGCAUUCUGCAUGGACUGGUUGCAUGGAAACAUGUACAUUCAGCUGCACAUUGCAGUGCAGCACAGUUGAAUGUAGGUCAAGCUGUUGUACCUGUUAUCUAAUAUUAAAUUAUUUCACUAUUAAUAUACUUCUUAAUUGUAUUUCAGUUCAGCAUAUAUUCAAUACAAAAAACAGCGACAAUUUGUUGUUGACAAAGGACAGCUGGACAUCUAAAGGGCCCCAUUACCUCCAGCAACUUAGGGCAGGGGUCCGCAAACUUUUUCAGCAGGGGGCCGGUCCACUGUCCCUCAGACCUUGUGGGGGGCCGGACUAUAUUUUGAAAAAAUUAUAAUGAACGAAUCCCUGUGCCCCACAAAUAACCCAGAGAUGCAUUUUAAAUAAAAGGACACAUUCUACUCAUCUAAAAACACCAGGCAGGCCCCACAAAUAACCCAGAGAUGCAUUUUAAAUAAAAGCACACAUUCUACUCAUGUAAAAACAUGCUGAUUCCUGGACCAUCUGCGGGCCAGAUUUAGAAGGCGAUUGGGCCAGAUCUGGGCCCCGGGCCUUAGUUUGCCUACCCAUGGUUUAGGGCCUCAUCAAACCUAAAUUUGGCCCUGAUUAGAAUGGUGCAUAGCUGCCUCUCUGCCAGCCUUUGCCUGGGGAAAGCAGCAUGGCAAAUAACUGCCAUAGUGGAACCCCUGAGGUUGGUCUGGUAGGCAGGUAGCUAUUGCCAGCAUUUCAGGGCAGAGGCUGAGUUUAGAGGCUGUGGGUCCUAGAAAUCUGAACACUUCAAAUAUUCAUAAUAACUGAAAAAUAUAGAAAAUUGGGCAUGGGGAAUAGCAAUGAAAGUAAGUAGCUAUUUCAAAGUUACAUUCAUUCUCCUUGUUUCUAGUAGAUUCAUUUAUAAAUAAGAAACAGGAAAAUAGUCGCAGCAACUUCAGUGUAAUUAAAACCUGCAGCAAUCAGAGAGUUGAUGAAAUAACGAAUGUGGAAUAUUUAAAAAUGCAAUUUGCUGGGUUGUAA